AAAAUAACCUAAAACAUUUGUAAUUUUAAAUUAAUUUAUUUAGAUUUGUAAGGUGUGCAAUUAUGUUUGGCAUACGUGCUAAUAUCACUAAAAGUGUUUCAGCAAUCACUGAUAUAUUGAAACUACAGACACGGAACACAUUUGUCUUGAAAAGGAAAUGGCCUCCUCCACUGCAUGGUAAAGGUGGUAAACCAUCCAAACUAAGAGGAAGACAUUUUGUAUAUGAUCUAGUUCAAGAUACCAACAUUCAGAAGAAGCCAGAUAUCAAAAUUAUUUUGAGUCAAUAUGUUGAUGGGGUUGGUACUGUUGGAGAUGUGUUGUCUCUUCGUCCAACAAAGGCCUACAAAGAAUUCCUCAUGCCAGGUCUGGCCGUGUACGCCAGUCCGGAGAAUUUAAUGAAAUAUCAAGUAGAUGAAAGCAAACCCAAACAAGAUGAUACUUUCAGUUCACCGUAUGUGCAAAGGACUAUGAACUGCUUAUCCAGACUAGUGCUGCAAAUCUCAAUGAGUAAACACGAGCCGUGGACAUUGGAGCCGUGGCACAUCCGCACAUCAUUCCGGAAAGCCGGCUUUGUAGUUCCAGAACAUGCCAUAGAGAUGCCUCCCGCACAGAUCAAAGGACCAGACCCUGACUUGCAGGAGAAAGAAUUCUACAUUACUGUUACAAUAAACAAGAGAGAGAAGGUGAACGUCCGCUGCCGCGUCCACCACUGGGCGACGGGGCUGGAGCGGCUGCCGUGGGCCGAGGCGCACUGGAAGCAGCCGCGGGACGCGCUGUUCCCGGAGCAGGCCGCCGUGCUCGACGCCAUGCCGCUGCCGCAAUGAGUCGAGUUAUUGUAGAUUUAUUGUAUUAUGUAAUUGAAAUUAGGAAUAAAGUUGGUUUAGUGUAA